AUGGCGAGCAGGGAGGACAAAUGCCCGCGGCAGAACCUGGUGGAAGCGGCUGUUUUGAGCGGCUCCACGGUGCAGGAAGCCAAGGGGAGAUGCCGCACGAGGAGAGGCUGCAAACGCAGCUGGUGGGGAUCUGAGGGGGAAAGAGCCAGCCAGGGCCAGGAAGGUGGACGGAGAUGGAGCCAGAGCUCAGAGCUGGUGCUCCAUGAGCAGCUCCAUGAUGGGGAGAAGCCCCACACGUACUUGGAGUGUGGGAAGAUCUUCAGGUGGAGCUUCAGACUGAUCAUGCACCAGAGGAUCCACACUGGGGAGAGACCCUAUGAGUGUGGGGAGUGUGGGAAGAGCUUCAGCCGGAGCUCCCACCUGAUCGUGCAUCAGAGGAUCCACACGGGGGAGAGACCCUACAAAUGCGACGAGUGUGGGAAGAGCUUCAGCCAUAACUUCAGCCUAAUCAACCACCUCAUGAUCCACACUGGGGAACGGCACUAUGAGUGUGGGCUGUGUGGACAGAGCUUCAGCUUGAGGUCCAACCUGAUCAAGCACCAGAUGAUCCACACAGAUGAGAGGCCCUACGAGUGUUCUGAGUGUGGGAAGAGGUUUCUGACCAGCUCUGAUCUCCUCUGGCACUAUCAGAGUCACACAGAGGAGAGGCCCUUCUUCUGCCCCGACUGUAGGAAGGGAUUCCAGCACAACUCCCACCUCAUCAGACACCAGCACAUCCACACUGGGGAGAGGUCCUACGAGUGUUAUCAAUGCAGGAAGGGGUUUAAGACCAGCUCCAAUCUCCUCCGGCAUUAUCAGAUUCACAGAGAGGAGAGGCCCUUCCAAUGCCCCGACUGUGGGAAGGGAUUCAAGCACAACUCCCACCUCAUCACCCACCGGCGCAUCCACACUGGGGAGAGGCCCUACGAGUGUCCCCAGUGUGGGAAGAGCUUCUCCAGCAGCUCUAACUUGACCAGACACCAACGGAGGCACCACUAA